GUUGACUGUUACUGACUCGGAUGGUGAUUCAGAUUCUACAACAGCAACAGUGACUGUCAAUGAUGAGAAAGAUUACCCACCUGUGGCACGUGCAGGAAAUGAUGUUGUGAUUGUACUCCCUGUGGACCAUGUGACACUUUAUGCUAAUGGCAGCACAGAUGACAAGGGGAUUGUCAGUUAUGAAUGGAGCAAAACGCCCUCCAGUCCAGCUGUGGGUGACAUGCAGGGCACGAGUUCUCAAACUCUGAAGGUGUCCAACAUGGUUGUGGGUGACUACACUUUUGUGUUGAAAGUGACUGAUACAGGAGGACAGACAGCCAGCUCGAGCGUGACAGUUGUGGUUCAGCCUGAGAAGAAUGCCCCACCUGUGGCAUUUGCUGGCUCAGAUAAGGAUCUGGUGUUUCCUGACGACUCCACAGUUCUUGAUGCCUCAGCCAGUCGUGAUGAUCAAAAAAUUGUCAGCUACCAUUGGGAGCAAUCAAGUGGGCCGCGUCAAGCUGAAAUGUCUGGAGUGAAUGACAAAGUUGUGACGGUUAAAAAACUUCUAGAGGGUCACUAUGUGUUCAAAUUAACAGUGACGGAUGACAAAGGACUCGCGGGAACUGAUACAGUGGCAGUGAAUGUUAAGAAAGAUAUAAAUAAGCCUCCUAUAGCCAAUGCUGGUCCAGAUGUCACGGUGCAUCUUCCAAACCGAGCGGCUGAGCUGGACGGUUCUAGCUCCUUUGAUGAUCACGGAAUUGUUGUGUACGGGUGGUCACGAGAUCCCAAGAGUCCCGCAGCUGGUGACGUUAUUAACAACAGUGAUCAUCAGGCUGUGCUGCGGCUGUCAAACCUUGUAGAGGGAAUGUACAAGUUCAGGCUCACUGUGGCGGAUGGGAAGGGGCUCAAAGGGAGCGAUGACGUCAUACUUACUGUGAAAGAAGAUCAAAACAGUGCUCAUCUUGUGGAGUUGUACCUGGACGUCGAUAUCACAAAAUUCACGGAAGAAAAUAAGUUUGCAGGAAUAACUGCUCAGGCCAUGGCUACUGUGAUCGUAACACCAAGAUGUGCGUGUGUGAGAGCUUUUGGAUGCAGGAUUUUUUCAAAGUUCACUUUGGAACUAAGGAAAGCAAUUGCGAUUGGAGUAUUUUAUACGUUACCGUCAUAAUCUUCGGCAUCAUUAUGGCUAUCGGUGGGAUUGUGUGGGCGGUCUGUUUUUGUAUGGGAAGGAAACGCCAGUUUUCGCUCGUUGAACGAAGAAAUUUCCCUCACGAUUCGGCGCUACUGCGUCGUGAGAAGAUUGUAGUUUCUAUUAAUCCUCCGAGCACAGAAGAUGCUUCUUCAACUGAUCAUAGGAGACGAGUCCGUGGGAAGAGGCGUCAUCGGUACGCUGUUCUUGAUGAGGAUGACGAGGAUAAACUUGAGAGCAUGGAGAUGCUUCCUAAAGGAGGUAAGUAUUUGAGUACCAGUCUGAUGCUGAGUGACACGGAGGAUGACAGCGACGCAGAGUCGACCGUUUUUGAAGCUAAGAAACGACAUAUGAAUGGUUCAGUGAAUGGCUAUAUAAGGAAAGACACGUGAUACAAAGCACCUACAUAAACCAUAGACAGCUUUUUUGGCUACCGGUUUAUCCCCGUACCUUUUCCGGUAAGGAGCUGAAGAAGCUGAAUGGUCAAUGUAGCUUAGUCUCCAGGGAUACACAUGGAGUUUGGCUACACGAAAUUGACUCGCAAUCAAUUGUGGCUUUUAUUAAAUGGCCACAGUUUAGAGCGACGAUUACGCAUCGACUUCGGUAUGCUCGCUCAAGGAGGCAAUAACACUUAUCAGUGCGAAUGUUCUCGAUUCCAGACUUAAACGGGUUGCAGUGUUAGAAAUUUGUUCGUUGUUAUAUGGUGACAAGAAAGAGCUAUACGGCUUCUUUAUUAAAAUUGCAAGGCAUGUAAAUUGGAGAUUUUAUCAGUAACUCUGCAAUUUGUUUGAGGUGGCAAUGAGCAUUUAGCUGCUAAACAAUGGCGACCUUUGGUUUUCGUUCUCAGCUCGCCCGGGAGAGACUUUCAUUUACAUUGCCAAGGGUUAUGACAAAUUAUCGAUAGCUAAGUUGUUGUUUUCUUAAUUCAAGAAUUUAAGAGGAUAUAACUAACAUAAAUAUACAUUUUACUUAUAAAAAUUAAUAGCGAGCUAUUUCGCUGAAUCCAAAACCAAACACAAUUAUAAUAUAUUAGCAAUAAAUUGUGCUUCAUGCUUAAGUGAGAGUACCGGCACAUCCUAUAAAGUAAAAUAUCCCUCGUGUCGAAAGACUUUAUCUGAUUUGUAAUUAAUUAGCGAAUAGCGGAGGCUCUGAUGUAGCACUGUUACACUGUGUUAUUAGGCAUUAUGCUUCCAGGAGAAACCACGUCGCUGAAACAAUUUUACCACUGCUCGAAGAAACAUAAAAUUAGGUAGAUUGUGUCGAAGUCGUAAUUUAUAUUGUAGGAAAAAACUUACAUUAUAUGCGGAAAAUCUAAGGAAUGAGAUGAUUGCAUAUGGUUGCACUCGGAAAUCACUGCCCAGGAACUCCUUUUUGAAGAGUGUGAUUUUUCUGUUGAAGAUGGGUUUUUGUGGUGUGAUUCCCAGAAUUUAUGGAGGCCUUAAAAUCUCAGUACGUUGUCUUGUACGUAGGCAAUGGAAUAUGCACGUGGGUGACGGUAAGAUGCGAGUAUUGAAAACGGUAUUUUGAAACUUUAAUGGUUGAGGAAAAUACCUAGAGUUAACUUAAGUGCGUUGACAUGGCCUCUGCGAACCAACAUAUGAAGGAAUUUCCCGCAGGAAGACUUCAUUCUUAUUCGUUAUAUUUUCAGUUUUUCACGAAUUUACCAUGUAACGGCCCGACUAGAGAUUAAAUAGUAGCGCCUAACAAUUCUUAUCCAUUUUCAUUCGCUUAGAAUAAGGCGAAAUGUGAUUUUCUUACAAAUAUGGUACGAUUCUUUUUUUUCUUUUGUUUCAGUAGUUUCUUUUGCGUAAUAAUUUUUAUCUCGUUAGUAAGGAUACAUUUGCAUAAAAUAGUAGAUAAGCCUCAGAGAAAUCGCCUUGAUAUUUAGAGAAAAUCCAACCAACCUAUUUCAGUAGUUAGUUUAGUGAAAGCAAAAACAUUGAAUUUUUUUUUAGAAUUAUUUUAGGAAUAUUGUAUCGUAGACCUUUUGAAUGGAUGAGUCUUUCCAUAAAGUAGACGUUUUCGUACUUAAUUUUUUUUUUUUUUUAUAUCUAAGAAUGUAUGAUGAAACGAUGGAAAUCUCUUGGAAAUAAAUCCUAUGGUAGAAACUUGCGCCCCCAAUGCAUGUGGUUCUAAUAGUAAUCACUUAAUAUAUUUUAUUUAUACGUCAUGCUUGACUAUUGCAAACUCUUUCUUAACGGAGGCGUACAGCGCAGUUUUAUUUGAAUCAAUAAAGUUUCGUAAAAAGGUA